AAUGCACAAAUACUUGCAGCGAGUCACAAAUGCACAGAGACCGAUACACAAAUGAAUGCCAGGGUGUAGGUGUACAGUACACUUCAGUACCAUAGGUGGCAGUGCUCCUAAAAAGUUGGUUGCCAUUGAAGAAGAAGAAGAAUCUUUGCGCCAAUGUUGUUUCACAACUCAUGGCUGAAUGCAGUGUUGUGAUGUGCGAAGAAAAGCAACAUGAAAACGUGCCUGUUUAUGAGUUUAUGGAUGUAAACUCUAAGGAUUUUCAUAUCGGCACAUUUAGGUAUUUGUGGCUGGAUGUGUUGAAUCCGGAGGUGUAUUCAUACAGUGACACAGCCCCAGAGAUAGAGGACGUGGAAUUUAUUGAAGAGCUGGGUAUUGAGCCAAAGACACUGGAGGAGCUCAAAAGCAUCUGCAGUGUUGAUUCUCUGAGAAGUGGACACAAAGACACAGACAAUGUACCGUCAGAUCUUCAUUUAUCCACACUAAAAUUACGCAAGAGAAGACAAGAUUAUAAAGAAACUCUCACUAGAGACACUGUUGACAGACAUGAAGUCUAUGCCAAUGAAAUGGAGAUGAUAUCUGUGGGUAAGAAGCCUGAUAACCUCAGAGACCUGAUUCCUGAGGGAGAAAUCAUAUUGACCUUUAAUAUUAUGUAUCCCAUUCUGUUUCAGCGGUUUAAGCAUGUGAGGGCAUAUCAGACUCUGCAUGUUUUGGGCUCUCAGAAGCUGAGUGAUCUUAGAGAUGCCAUCUGUUGCGUCAGUGACCUGCAGGUGUUUGGAGAGUUCAGCAACACUCCGGAUAUGGUACCACAGUUCAUCAGCAAGGAUCAUUACAAGUCUGCUUUCUUUUUCUUCAAUGGAACCUUCUUCAGUGACACACGGUAUCCAGAAUGUCAAGACAUCAGCAUGACCACACAGGAGUGGGCCCGAACCAGAGACUUCCCAGAAUUCAAGACUGCCAAGAUGGAAGACACGUCUUUCUAUGACCUGAAGAUGAAAGUUGGGUUUCCAUAUUUAUACACUCACCAGGGUGAUUGUGAGCAUAUUGUUAUCCUCACUGAUAUCAGACUGGUCCAUCAGGAUGACUGUUUGGACAUGAAUCUCUACCCACUCAUAACUCACAAGCAUAGAGUCGUGACUCGGAAGUGUUCUGUGUGUCAUCUCUAUAUCAGCAGAUGGAUAACAACCAGUGAUGCUUUUGCCCCUACGGACCCCUGCCUGUUUUGUGACCAGUGCUUUCGAAUGUUUCAUUAUGAUGAUAAAGGAAACAAACUAGGAGAUUUCCUGGCCUAUGCCUAUGUUGAUCCAGGCACAUUUAAUUGAUCUCAAACUUAAAAUAUACUACUAUUAUAUUGUUUGUAAAUGUAUUGUGAUAUUUUUGUUAUAUUCACUUUUCUUUUGGAAUUGAUUUCAAAAUGUAUUUUGUGUGCAGCAAAUCAGUUACCACAAUAAACAUUUUAACCUUU